CACCAUUAUGCGCUACACAAUAGAGCUGAUUGGAAAGGGGGUGGCCAUUUCGGCCAAGCUUAGCCACUUUUCUAUUGUGUUUCUGUAAUUUGCUACAACUGGUAUUAAAUGUUAUUAGACUUUAAGCCAGGAUACAGCACAGUGGCAGGGGAAGAAGGGGGUGGUGCUUCCUGGUACCUUACAUUUAAUUAAAUGGAACACAACUUGCUCCAAGCAUUCACAACAAGGAAACACACGGUGCUAACCAGCAGUAAAAUUGACCCAACUGGAGCUACCAGUACAGGGAGUUUGAAGGUGAAAGACAAUAUUUCAACCCAAGGUAGUCAGGAAAAGUUGGGUAAAAGUGGUGAGGAGGAAAAGAACUUGAAGAGUAAUAAGAAAUUGGAGAUGAGAGCUAAAGAUACUGGAAGUUUUAAUAUAAAAAUGAAUCCUUUAAACAAAGAUAGCCUGGACAAACCGGAUGAAAAUGGCAGGGAAGAAAAGAGCACAGAAAGCAGUAAGAAAAUGCAGACGAAAAAAAGUGAAACAGGAGAGGGCCAUGAUAAUUCAUCAUUCGAAGCUCACCAGGAAACCCAGGGUGCUAAAGGACAUCAUGGAAACCAAACUACUACUGCCAAAAUACAACAGACAACUGCCUUCAUAUCAAAACAGGACAACAAGAGACAAGCAAACCAAACUCAAAUAGGUAGAAGUGGAAGUAAUGUUAUGCUUGAUGUGAGAAGACGUGACUGCUCAAAGACAAAAUGUCAAUAUGUCAUUUGGCAGUGUCACCAUCAAUGCAUGGGAUGGGGAGAUCGAUUGCGUGGCAUUAUCUCAGUCUACGCGUUUGCCAUUUUAACAGGGAGAGAAUACAGGAUUUCACAUACUUUUCCUUGUAACCUAAAAGAGUUCUUUCAUGGAAAUAAAACUCUGUGGGACGAAAAAGUAAUAACAGCAGAACAUGCAACCAAAAGAAAUAUCAAACUUUUUGGUUUCCUUCCAACAUUUGGGAGCUGGGUUCUUCAGAGUUCUAACCUCUCAGAGACUUUUCCAGAAGACAUCAUCACUUUCCGCACUAAUAACGAUAUCAUACCUUAUUUAAGGUUUAACAAAAAUUUCACAAAAACUAUUGAAAAAGCCUUCAGCAUGCCAAUUGAUGACUUCCAUUAUGUUACACUGUUCAGACGUCUCUUUCAUGAGCUUUUCAGUCCCAACAAACAAUUUGAAGAGAAAUUUCAAAAAUAUUACCAGCUUUUAAAACCCUCAAAUGACUCUACCCUUGUCUGUGCUCAGAUUCGUCUACAAUUCAUUAAAGUGUCAGGAAUGAAAAACGUUUUUAAAUUUCUCCAAGAGACCAUCAAACGUGUUGGAAAAAGUAAACUACUUGUAUCCACUGAUGCAGAGAAUGUAAGAUCAGCAGCCAAGACGUUAUUUCCUGAACAACUGGUGGACAUUGAAGGUCCUCUUGGUCACGUUGAUAAGCCAGGAUCAGGAUGCAGAGACAUGGAAAAAGCUCUAACAGAUUUCCUCAUGCUUUCAAAAUGUGAUAUUUUAAUCCAUAGCCCAAGUGGGUUUGGCCAGCAAGCAGCCAUGUUGAAAUACCCCUACAAAGAUGUCUACCAAAUCAACUACGCUGGUGUUAUUACGAACCUUACAAUUCCCAUCUUUAAACUAGAGAAUCUAUAUGAAGAGUUGGGACCUCUUGGAGGGGAGCAGCCUCCUAGUUUACCAUCUAGGUACAUCAAAAAUCCCCAGAAAUAUUUCACAUAGUGCUGUUCAACUCUUUGAAUUAUUCCAGCCCAGACAUGUUGUUUUCAAUAGUAUGUAGAUUCUAGUGUGCAGCAUCCAAGCAUUUAUAACAGUUUUUUUGUUUGUUUGUUUGAUUUUCAUAUUUUCUUAAUUUUUUAGAUGAGCCAGGAGGUGCGCUGAUUUAAUACAUUUUUAAUGGGACAUUUCACUAUUAUAAAACUGCCUCCUAAUUAUACAUUUAUCCCCCCUUAAACUUAUCAUUUUCAACUGACAAUUGAAAGUGAAACAAAUAAGCAAUCACACCUCUUGUUCAUUCCAUUGGAAGCAAAAUUUCAUAGAGGUGAAAGCAACAAACUGAAGUAGCGGAAUAAUGCAAAUCAAUUUAAGGUUCUGAUAUACACCAAAAUUAUCAUCAAGUUAUCACCAAAGGUGAACAAACUUCAUCACUAGAUGUUUUGUGUCAUUCCAUGGUUAGAUUAUUUUUCUUUUCAUGUGCUUGCUGCAUUACAAGUGGUGGAUAACUUUUCAUUGUGGUUGUUGUAUUUCAGUGAUGGAUUUAAUAUGGUUGUUGUAAUAUAUGUAUUGGAGUUAUUUAUGGUGGUUGAUGUACUGUAUGUGACAUGCAUUACAUAUGCAGCCAAGUUGGAAUGUAUAUGUAUGCAUAAGUGAAUGUAUGUAUAGCGUAUGUAUGUACGCACUUAUACAUAUACCUCUAACCUUAAAUAUACAAAACAAUAUUGACAAAUCUGCUGAAGUGUGUUGCUAAAAUAACCAAGGUUCAGAGUUUAAUUUUAAAAUACACUGAAAAAAAUGCAUUCCUUUCGCUAACCUCCACCCUCUCCCAAC